GUCCCCGAAAUUUUCCCACAUGGUUCGCGAAUAUCUCUCAUGAAGAAGGAGCUGAUGAAGCACCUGAGGAACCUGCACAAGGUCCCGCUCAUGCUGAGGUACGAGCUGAACCCAGACUCGUGAAUCCAGAUGAAGUGUUCUUCGAGACCGUCAUGAAUGGUCUCGACUCUCAUGUUAGAGAGGCAUUAAUGAGUCGUAUUGCAGACGUUAUAAGGAAUCAAAGUACAGAGACUAGUGGUAGCACUGUAGUUUCUACAUCUGACCCUGGAGAAAGACCUAUGAGACUCACUGACCCUAUAGAGAUACCCAGACCUAUCUCUAUUCACGAUUCCUCAUCCGAACCAGAUAGCCCAACCACCGUUAUUCCCGUUGCCGGCUCGUCUAGACAAGCCGGUUCGAUCCCUCGACCAGCCUCCCCUCAGCGUGUUCGCUUCACAACGGCUCAGAAGGGUAAAUUCAAAGCCGUAUCCAUUCCUCGUCCACCUGGACAUCAAGGAAUUUUUAUCGCGCCUGACCCAAACUCUGAGGAAGGGAUGGAAGCUGCGCUACGAGAGUCUGACCGACAGGCCGCGCUUCGUGCACAAGAAGAGGAAGACCUACGAGCGGCGACUGAAUUGUCAAAUAAUGUUAAUGCAAUCGAAAACGCUUCUAAUAACGAAGCUGAUGAACCUGGAGAUGAUCCCCAUAGCCCAGUUUCGCCUUUGGCUGACCGAAUAAACCCAACUUCCUCCAACCGUGCCGAUCCCGUACCCCGCACACCCAAGCGCAAGAAAGGGAAGAAUCCUAACGACGAAUUAAAUCGUUUAGUCCAGAACAACGCUUCAGCUUCGAAGGUUAGAAGGGAUGCUCGGUCCAAGACCCCCAUCCCCCCUUCUAGGCAAAUGCCCGGUAACUCGACCCUCUUCAAUAAACUCCUCCCGACUCGUGAUGGGAUCAAACCUGAUCGACGAAGGCAAAACGGAGAUCAAAAGCGCUUCAGCAAUGAAGCUAGACCCGCCGACAAGAAGACGAUGGUUUCAACUUUAUCGAACUUCCUAGAAGGCAAGGCGCUACGGACCUUCAUGUCUAUUGUAGCCCCUUCGGUCAAUCGUUGGACUGUCGAAUCGGUCAUCAACAUGUUCUUCGAUGAACUAUUCCCGACCAACAUUCGUCAAACUCUUCGGGAACGCUUCGAACAAGCUGAACAAGGACAAUUAUCAGUUCGCGAAUGGCGUCAGAAGAUAAUAGACUUAGCUGCUAGAGUUCCUGAUAUUGACGACGCAGCCAAGGCUCGCCGAUUCUGGAAAGGGUCCAAGGGGUAUUUCCGCAUCAAAUGGGCCAGGGAAGGUUAUAAUGCCGAAUUUGAUUCGUUUAACGAUCUCUACGAUGCCGCUCUCCGUAUCGAACAGGAAGAACUCCAAAUUCGCGCCGAGCGUAACUCAAACAACCGAACCGAGCUUCGCUCCUCUAUGGCGGAGCAUUCUGACAAGAAGAAGAAGCACAAUGGCAAGAAACGAUCAGAAAAUCGCGAUAAGAAGAGGGACAAGGACGAUAGGAAAGACAAACCGAAGUCCGAGUCCAAGGAUUCCAAUAAAUCCCGACCGUCUGGAUCUUCAAAUCGCAAGCCAAUGUCUCAAAAGGAAAAGGACGAGCUACGCGCUACUGGGAAAUGCUUCAGGUGCAAGGAAAUUGGACAUCUCUACAAGGAUUGCCCUUCAAGGACGACUUCCAAACCACCAACGCUAUCCUCAAAUGCCGUCAGCUUCUCGACUAUUGAAGCGCGAAUGAAGGACGUCACUGACCUGGGUUCCUGCUCGAUUACUAUCCCCGGCCUCGAACGUGACGACCUUGACUUUAUAGUCACUCGCGCUGAAGUUAUCUGUUCAUGGGCCAAAUUGUUGUUAGAAGAGAAUCUCAACAGCAACUCAGUCUGGCCUACUCACCUGGACCGCUUUGCAGAUCGAUUCUCGGUAACUCAUGUCGAAGAGCGAUACGACAUCUUCCAUGUAUUCGAUUAUGCGCUCGAUAUCGAGUUCUUCUUUACCUCUGAAGAGCUCUCCGAUCCCGAGUUUAACUUAGUCUACCGAGCAGAAGAUGUCAUUGAAGAGAAUAAACAAUACUGGUCUAGCUUUGCUGGGAAAUCUACUCACCUCGACGAUUCCACCAAUCCAGAACUCCUCCCUUCUACUUCUUCCAUCGUUUCCUCUCCUAUUGAUCUUCCUAAACCCAAAUUCCCCUCGCCUAGUCAUGGUCAGUUGCCGCAAGUCGUAGACGAGGAAGAGAAGACGUACCUGUCAGACUCUUCCUCAAGUGAGACCGAAGCCGGUGACCAUUCGAACGAGUCGAACUCGUCUGAUGAAGACGAGUUCAGACAAUGUAAAAUUGUCUAUUUUGACUCGGACGAUGAUGAAAUUGAGGAGAAGGAGGGCUAUAGGGUCGAUGCCUUCGUAAUAGCGAACAAACCCUCGACGCGUAAGUCGAGAGUGGAGGGCAGGAAGCCUGAUAGAGUCUUGCUUGAACGAAACGCGGCCAGACCGAAGGAUUUUGAGCGCCUAGUGCCCAAAACUUGCGUGAUUGACGCAUUUAUCAAGGACGAGCCCGUUCGUGUCCUAAUAGACACAGGCUCUAUGUCGGAUUUCCUCUCUACUACACUUGUUGAUCAGCUAAAGAUAGAAACCGAUCAGUUAGCACAACCACUUACUGUCCAAUUAGCCGUCACUGGCUCUCGAGGCAAGAUCCACUCGUCGGCCACCACUAAAAUCCGGUACGAAGAAAUUGAAGAAACGCGCCGCUUUGACGUAAUGAACAUCGACGGAUACGACGCGAUACUCGGCACCCCUUUCCUAUUUCAACAUAAAGGAAUUAUUGGCUUCAAUCCCACUCGCUUCGCCUAUGGUAGUAUCAAAUCCUUACCUAUCGAAGGCGUUCAGGUCGCGCACUUCGCAUCACGAGCAGCAACCCUGCUUGAAGAGAACCUGGAUAAGCAAUUAACCACCAUAUUCCCCUCAAAGACGAGUCGAUAA